AUGCCACAAAACGAGCAUAUCGAACUUCAUCGUAAACGUCAUGGACGUCGAUUGGAUUAUGAGGAAAGAUUAAGGAAACGUAAUGCUCGAGCCGGACAUGAACAUUCUCAAUAUGCGAAGAAAAUCCGUGGUCGCAAGGCUAAAUUGUAUCACAAAAAGCGGUAUGCUGAAAAGGUAGAAAUGCGGCGGUUGUUACGACAACAUGAGGAGAAAAAGCAAACAGGAACAAGCGAAGAACCUGAAAGAGGUGUAGUACCAGCAUAUUUGUUAGACAGGAAACAACAAACAACCGGUAAAGUACUGUCAUCGAUGAUCAAGCAGAAACGAAAAGAAAAAGCGGGUAAAUACCAAGUACCUAUACCAACGGUUAAAGCAGUCAGUGAUGCAGAAGCUUUCAAAGUAGUGAAAACUGGUAAAACUCGUCGGAAAGGAUGGAAACGUAUGGUUACAAAAGUUACUUUUGUUGGUGAAUCAUUUACGAGAAAGCCGGCAAAAUUUGAACGAUUCAUUCGACCGAUGGGUUUGCGAUUCAAAAAGGCUCAUGUAACACAUCCAGAGUUACAAACUACAUUUCAAUUACCUAUUGUUGGAGUGAAGAAAAACCCUUCUUCCUCACUGUACACAUCACUGGGAGUUAUUACAAAAGGAACGAUCAUUGAAGUAAAUAUAUCGGAACUUGGUGUGGUUACUCAAGGCGGUAAAGUAGUAUGGGCAAAAUAUGCUCAAGUAACAAAUUGCCCUGAAAAUGAUGGCUGUAUUAAUGCUGUAUUAUUGUUGUGA